GCUCGAUAAAAAAGAGCUUUAUUGUAGCCGCUCUUAUUGAAUUUUUAAAUGGAGAAGCCAAACGAGCCCUAUUAAAAGUCAAAGCCCUUUCUCAUUUCCUUUCGACAUCUGUCUUGGUAAUCUCACCAAAGCGAUUUCUUUUCGAUCUUCAAAUCUCCAUACUAAGAUUCCUGAUUCGAAAGAAACAUUUCGAUCCAUCUAGCCUUUCAUUGAAACAAGCAUCUCUCACGGUUUCCAGCAAGUUCUUUUCAUAUUACAAUCAUGUCGAGAAAGAUGCUUAUAGACGGUGAGGUGGGGAAUUCAACUGUAGAAGAAGCUCAGUAUGAUUUCGAUCUAUUUGUUAUUGGAGCUGGCAGUGGCGGUGUUCGAGCUGCUAGAACUUCAGCUGGCUUCGGAGCUAAGGUUGCAAUUUGUGAGCUUCCCUUUCAUCCAAUUAGUUCAGAAGUCAUUGGUGGAGUAGGUGGAACGUGCGUUAUUCGUGGUUGUGUUCCUAAAAAGAUUUUAGUGUACGGAGCAUCCUUUCGAGGUGAAUUUGAGGAUGCAAAAAAUUUUGGGUGGGAACUUAGAGAGCCAAUUGAAUUCAACUGGAAAAAGCUUUUGCACAAUAAGACACAGGAAAUAAUCAGAUUAAAUGGAAUAUACAAGCGGUUAUUGUCCAGUUCUGGGGUAACAAUGUUGGAGGGUGAGGGAAAGGUAAUUGAUUCUCAUGGAGUUGAGCUGACACAACCAGAUGGUGCGAAGCGCCAAUAUUCAGCAAAGCAUAUCUUGAUUGCCACUGGCAGUCGGGCUCAACGGCCAUCGAUUCCUGGGCAGGAGCUGGCUAUCACUUCUGAUGAAGCUUUGAGCUUGGAUGAGUUUCCCAAACGUGUUGUGAUACUCGGAGCCGGGUACAUUGCAGUUGAGUUCGCUUCAAUAUGGCGUGGGAUGGGUGCUACAGUGGACCUUUUUUACCGAAAAGCACUUCCAUUGAGAGGUUUUGAUGAUGAAAUGAGGACAGUAGUUGCCAGAAAUCUGGAAGGCAGGGGAAUUAAGUUGCAUCCUGAGAGGAAUUUGACAGAGUUGAUCAAAACAGAAGAUGGCAUACGUGUUCUCACAGACCAUGGAGAGGAAUUGGUUGCAGAUGCUGUGUUGUUUGCGACUGGUCGAGCUUCAAACACAAAGAGAUUGAACUUAGAAGCAGUUGGUGUUGAGCUUGAUAAGACAGGAGCUGUGAAGGUAGAUGAGUACUCUCGCACCACUGUCCCUAGCAUAUGGGCUGUGGGUGAUGUGACAAACCGAAUGAAUCUUACUCCUGUGGCCUUAAUGGAAGGAACCUGCUUCUCAAAAACUGUUUUUGGUGGACAACCCAGUAAGCCUGACUACAAUCAUAUACCAUGUGCUGUCUUCUGUAUACCGCCUCUCUCUGUAGUGGGCCUUAGUGAACAACAGGCUAUAGAGCAAGCGAAUGGGGAUAUUUUGGUUUUCACAUCAACAUUCACCCCGAUGAAGAACACUAUAUCUGGAAGGCAAGAAAAGUCAGUGAUGAAGCUUGUUGUUGAUUCUGAGACUGAUAAAGUUAUUGGAGCAUCUAUGUGUGGUCCAGAUGCACCCGAAAUUAUGCAGGGUAUUGCUGUUGCACUCAAGUGUGGAGCUACUAAGGAACAAUUUGACAGCACGGUGGGCAUUCACCCUUCUGCUGCUGAGGAGUUUGUGACGAUGCGAUCAGUGACAAGGCGGGUCUCUGCUGGUAGUAAACCAAAGACAAAUCUGUAAGCAAGAUAGAAAGUGAAAUGAUAGCUUGAAUGAAAACUUUCUUCUGUUCUAUAGAAAUACCUCCCUUUGAGAAAUGCCGAGUUCCUCCCAAGUUCUCAUAGCCAAACAUCUUGUUAUUUUCUUUUGUGAUAAGUUUGGCUUUAUUAUAUGUUUGGUUGCUCAUCUAUUAAUUAGCUGAUGAAAUAAAAGAAUUGUAAUGAUAAUAUUCAUUAGAAAUAUAAAAGAAAUAAUUUGCUGAUGAA